AUGAAAGCGUUAAUUCGCUGGUGGAAAGAGGCAGAAAUCAUUCCGAAUGAUUUCGGCGAUCGUCAUGCUUUUCAUCAUCGUUCGCUGGGGUCUUCAACUGUCGGGAUGUCACUGAAAUACGCAGCCGGCAUAGAUCCUGAACUUCGAAAAAUCGAUUAUGAGGCCCUUGGCAAACGCUGCGAAGCUACUAAUGCUCUUUGGCAAAAAACACUUAAUCCUCAAGAAGUUGCAGCUGUAUCAUGCUACACUCGAGAUACGAUUUUAUACAGAAGAAUCAAUUAUGCUUUACGAGCAUUAGAUGAAUCGCUUCUGACGGCAUACACACCAUUUCUUAAAAUUUUCCAUCGUGGAGUAGCAAAAUUAGAACAUGAUGAGUUUGAAUAUAACAUAUAUCGUGGUGAUGACUCCGACUAUGGCUUUCACCAGGAAAACUCUGUAGUGACCCUACCUUUAUCAUUCACUGCUUCAGAAGAGUACGCUCGUAACAAAGCUGGAAACGCUUCAGAAGGUAGUUGUACUAUCGCAAUUUUGCUUGCAAACUCGGGAAGAUUGAUUGAGGAUUAUACCUCAGUGCCUGGUGAGGAUGCACCAGUCCCAGUUAACUGGAAACUGGUCGGACUGGAUACACCCAGUCGUGACUGGUGCCCAGUUCUAUCUCUCUCCGAUCGAUAUCCAGUCUAUUAA